AUGCCAAACUCUCAUUUCUUGGUAAUUUCAGAAGAGUCACUGAAGAUCAGAUUGGUGGAUGGACCCCACCGCUGCAGUGGGAGGUUGGAGGUUCACCACGAUGGUGAAUGGAGCUCAGUGUGUAGCCACAAGUGGCAUGGUUUGGACUCCAACGUGGUAUGUAGAGAGCUGAAGUGUGGAUCCCUCAUGAGAGGCAAGCCAUGUGGAUUCUUGAAGAAAGGAAGAGGCCGAAUCUGGAAGAAUACGGUGAAGUGUACUGGAGAUGAAGAGGCCCUGUCUGAAUGCCAAACCAAACCCAUUAAACCACAUCAUUGUCACCACAGGGAGGAUAUCUGGGUCACUUGCAGAGAACCAUUCCAGGUCAAACUGGUUGAUGGGCCGGACAGAUGUACAGGGAGACUGGAGGUCUACCAUGAUGGCCAAUGGGGCAGUGUCUGUGAUGACCUCUGGGAUGACAAGGAUGCCAAUGUCACCUGCAAUCAGAUUAAGUGUGGCUCUUGCCGGCCAUAUAUUCGGGGCAGGAAGCGGUUUGGCCAAGCAAAAGGAACAAUUUGGCUGGAUGAUGUUGAAUGUACUGGAAAUGAGAUAUCAUUGGAUAAAUGCAGGCACCGUGUUUGGUCAUACAACGACUGCAGCCAUGAGGAAGAUGUCAGUGUAUACUGCACAGGUACACAGCUCACCAUCUUCAUACCACCACUGUAUAUGUCUACUAUGUACUUAUCUGUCCUUCUUCCAUUCCCUCCUUCCUUCCAUCUUUUAUCCAUUUAA